UCAGCAACUUAUAAAAAACGCCGAUACAUUUUACAAUAUAUAUCGCUACUGAAUGUCAUCUCACUAGUCGCCGUUUUGAUUAUUACAUAAGGAAACCACCAAACUUUGCUUUUACUAAUACCAUUGACACAAUGUUGGCAACACCACUUUAUCAGCCAUCUGUUGCAGCGGCUGUGACACAUUUAACUGCAGUGUUCUACAGUGCUCGACAGUCCAGUACACUUGCAUCACAUUCACGAGGUAGAAGAGUGCAAGAAACAAAACAAAAUGGAAAAGCUGUGAGAGGUUCAGUUAAUUCAAAAAGAAAGGAAGGGAAAUCAGAUGUGGAGCAGAUAUUAGAGCUGCUGUUGCACAAUGAGAAAGGACAGAAGUUCUUACCAUUAUUCCUGUCCCAUGUACCUGAUCCUGCGAGUUGCAUUUCACAUCCAGCGCCUGAAUUACAGCAACACAUAGAGAAGCUGUCCAGUUUGUUGCCACAUUUUAAACACCCUAUGUGCAGUGUGCUGACUGACCACCUGAACCAUAACGGACAUUUAGCUGGUGGAAAUUAUAUGCAAGUGCGCCAUUUUGGAUUGUUCAUCAAAGGCCUGAAACCUAAUGGAUUUUUUCCAAAUGGAGGCAAGAAAGUGCAGGAAAAAGGAGAAGAGCUUCCAAAAAUAUUGAAGGACGAAGAAGACCCAGUAGUUAAACUCAAACUGAAGCUUGCGUACUUGACAGCACAGCUCGAGAACCAGAAGAAUGGAGAUGGAGCCGCCAAGGUCAUAGCAGAGCAUAGAAAGAAGAUGCUAAGAAUAGUUGCUGGACUUUGUUUGGGGACGUUCAUCAUCUACAAGGUCCUGUUGCAGGGUUCUGUAGGCCGCAAUGCAGGGGAUAUGUUAUAUGGCGCUAAGAAUUAUGAAAUCAACCCAGAAGUGGUCAGUGUGACCUUCAAUGAUGUGAAAGGGUGCGAUGAGGCCAAAGAGGAACUAGAAGACAUUGUGGAUUUCUUGAAGAAUGGGGAGAGGUUCCUGAAAAUGGGAGCCAAGUUGCCAAAAGGUCUGUUGCUAGUAGGUAGUCCAGGUACAGGAAAGACCCUGUUGGCAAAGGCCAUAGCAGGUGAGGCAGGGGUGCCGUUCUUCCAUGCCUCUGGAUCAGAGUUUGAUGAAGUAUUCGUGGGGCAAGGAUCCAAACGGGUUAGAAAUCUUUUCGAGAACGCGAAGAAGCGUGCUCCAUGCAUCAUAUUUAUAGAUGAGAUUGACAGUGUGGGUGGUAAGAGGACUUCAACGGGCAUCACCCCUUAUGCCAACCAGACUGUCAAUCAGCUUCUUUCGGAAAUGGAUGGGUUUGAUUCACAAGAGAGCAUAAUAGUCAUUGGAGCCACAAACAAGAAAGGGAAUCUGGAUUCGGCCCUACUGCGGCCCGGCAGGUUUGACAUGGAGGUACAUGUGCGGCCCCCAGACAACGAUGGCAGGAAGGAGUUGUUCCGUCUCUAUCUGUCCAAGUGCAAACAUGAUGGCAAAAUCAACAUUGAUUCUUUGGCAAAACAGACAAUCGGAAUGACAGGAGCAGACAUUGCCAAUCUUGUAAACCAGGCUGCCAUAAUCGCAACCUUGAAGGGGGGCAGCCAUGUGACUAUGGAUGACCUUGCAGAAGCCAGAGACAAGGUCACAAUGGGUCCUGCUUGGAAGAACAAGAAGAUAGAUGAGGAGGAGCUAUGGCGGACAGCGUACCAUGAGGCCGGUCACACAAUCGUGGCGUACUUCACAGACCAUGCCCUGCCCCUUCAUAAAGUGACCAUCGAGCCCAGGGGAGAGGCUCUUGGAGUGACAAUGUCAGUACCAGACAAAGAGCCGUAUGGGAUGACGCGUGCCCAGUGUCUUGCCAGGAUGGAUGUUGGAAUGGGUGGCCGAGCUGGAGAGGAGUUGAAAUAUGGAGUGGAGUUUGUAGGAAAUGGUGCUUCUAGUGACUUCCAAAUGUGCACUGCUAUGGCAACACUUAUGGUCAAGAAGUGGGGAAUGUCUGAAAAGGUUGGCAAGCGAGUGCACUCUGACCCCAAUGAUGGUAACCUGAUACAGGUGAAUGAAACUAGUCCGGAGCUGCAGAAGCUCAUAGACAAUGAAAUCAACAGAUUUCUGGAAGAGUCCUACAACAGGGCGAUGAACAUUUUAAACACUCACAAGAAGGAGCAUCAGCUCCUUGCCGAGGCCCUCAUGAAGUAUGAGACACUUGAUGUAGACGAAAUCAAGGCUGCGAUAAGUGGUAAGCCCAUCAAUCGGGCACCACGUGGGUCCCUUAAGAACAAGGGCAAACCAGAUAAAGAUAUUGUUCCAAAGAUUGGACCUUUUGGAAUCAUCUUGGCUCCUACUGUUGACACCCCAAGUGGCAAACCAGAUUUACCCGUGCAAUGAACAAGAUGGGGAAAAAAAAUUAAAAAUGGAACACAUUAAAAAAAAGCUGUAAUUAUAAAAAAUAGUUCAUUGUAGAACAUUUCUUCGAUAUCCAAAGAACAAGGCAGAUAUUCCUCAUAUUCAUUGCUGGUGAAUAAUGAACAAGUGUUAUUUAGACCUUUAUUUGCAGCAUGGUGGCAGCCACAUAUAUUCUUGAAGCGGUUUGUAAUGUUUAAAAAAGCCGGAGAUCUUUAUCUCUAUGAAUAUUAUAUUCUACAAGCUCAUGCACAGAUAUGAAGUAGCAAACAGUUUGCGAACUGUGUAUUAUGAUAUAGUUAUGAAAAGGUUUCUUGUAAGUUAAAGUAAUGAGUAUACAGUCAAGAUCUUUUAUCAGUAUACAAACAAAAAGGCUACGAUGAAAAGGAGGUCAUACAACAUAUUGUUUUGUAUAUUUUAGCCAAUGCUUGUAACCUUGGGAUUUUUUAUGUUCUUGUAUAUUUCUUACAAAUUGUGUAGUUUACUUAUGUGGAUCAAGAUUUUACAUUCAUUUUACAUGUAUUGCUUUUCACAUUUUAAUUAAGAACUUGAGAGCUGAAAGUCAUUCUGCAUCAUGUUAUUAAAUGACUCUUGGACAAGUUCAACUUUAACUUUUUCAAAAAGUUAAGUGUAAUAAUGUGUUAGUUUAAUCUAAAUAGGUUCCUCUAAUGGAUAGACAAGACUUUUAUGUCUUUUCAUGUUUGUUGUCAGUUUCUCUCAAAGGAUUUAGUUAUACAUCACCCAUCUGCUUCUCAACAUGCUAUUAAGACAUUUUUAAUUACAAUAAAUCAUGUUUAGAAAGUGUUGUUAUGAAUUGAUAAUGUCUAUAUUGCACUGGUAGCCUAGACCAAAACGAAGAAUGUUAUAUGUAUGAUUUUAGUUUGCAAUAUGCUUGAUAACUUGACAGGUGUGCAAAAAUAUUGAUGUUUUAAUGUACAUGUAAGAAUAUAUCAAUAUAUAUAACAUACUUUAAUAGUGUACUGCUUUGUAAAAAAAUAAUGCUCUUUAUUGCAAACUCACUGAAUAAAGAUUUUGUUUUGUUGACAAUACAUACACUUUGUUUCUUUAAAAAGAAUAAAUUUGUUACAAUGGU